AGUGUAUCCAUGACCUUUUCCUCGUCCCCAAUUUCGUUGCCUCGGAGUCACCAUGAAGCACUCAGUCGAGCUGCCCCUCACGCCAAUAGGACCUCAGCGUAAUUCAUCAUUAUUCGAUGAUCCAUCGUUGCGGAGAUUUGCAACGGAUCUGCAAAACGACCCAGACGACUCUGGUUAUGUAUUGGGGACCGUCUUCAUGGUAUGGAACCAUACGAGUAGGAAGAGGAUGUUUUUCAAAACCUGUGCAAGUCCGAGGAGCGAAACCGACGCGUGUUUCGAAGUCGUCCUUGCAGGAGAGUGCUUCAACGCCAUUUCUAUGCAGGGACUUGAAAUUCGCGCAAAGGACGAGCUGUGGCUUGCUUUGGAGGGAGUGACUGUUCGUACCGACGUAGAGAAAUCUAGUAUUCAACGGUCGCUUCCGAUACGGUUGGAAUAUACAACAGGUAUUCAUCUGAAGGUCAAGCCACGCGGGGGUGCAAAGAAAGAUGAACGCGUUGUUGAUACCUGGCUGUGGAAACCUGCCCCGCCUUCCAUCAAUACGAACUGGGAUAGGUUCGGUACGCCAGCUUCUCAAGCAGACCUUCCUUCAACUCCGAAGACACCUAAGCUCAUUGUCUUUGAAACACCUACACCUCUCGCUGGAAGAAAACGCUCGCGUGCAUCGACUGUCUCAGUCGACACACCAGUUCCUGUGAAGAAACUUAAACUCGACGUGGUUGCGGAAUCGACUGAGCCUAAGGAACCUAAAAAGUUAUCGAAGAAAGAAAGAAAGGCUCUGAGAGCGCAACAGCGACAUGAUCGACAGGCUUCUGAGGUGAAGGCCGAAACGACAAACCCGGCGACACACACCGAUGCGUCUAUGACCUUGUCUUCGAAGCCUGAAUCAUCUAUCAAAGCACCUAGCGUCAAUGUUGUUCAAUCCGAUAGUCCCAAGGUAGCUUCUUUGGAACUGACUUCGACUGUCGAUACCAAUAUCUCUCGAGAGACAUCACCCGACUCACGAAGAGCUGCCAAAGCGCCAAUAGAGAAUCUCCUGGCUAUGGUCGCCGGGCUGUAUUUUGGCGGCAACCGAUACACAGCCUUGAAGCAAGCAACAAAGGGGACGCAUAGUGUCAUAGGCGUCGUAUCUUCUCUAAGGUAUCCAUCCAGGUCAUCCUCUGGUACCGGAGAUUGGUCUUGUUCCGUUACGAUUGUCGAUCCGAGCAUCUGCUCACUUGAAGAUGGCAGUCUAACGCAUCCGCAGAAAUACUCAGUCAACUGUUUUACGAAGACCUACGAACAGUGGCUCCCGCGCCCUGAGGUAAAUGAUGUGGUCAUUCUUCAAGAUGUCAAGCUGAAAGAAUAUGGGAGCAAUACAACCGCUACAGGAUAUCAUGGCAAGCUUCGGUGGGCCGUGUACAAGCCAGAAACAGGAAAGAUAGAUCACAACCGAGAAGAUGCACCUCUUUCUAUAAGUCUGGCAGAGGGUGGUCGAGGCGUUCGAUUUUCUCCUUUCUAUAAUGCCCAGCCACAAGAAAUUGCAUAUUGCUCUAAACUUACGACUUGGUGGCGCGCAGUUUUGGAGAAGAGACGUGAAGAUUUAGGCACCAUCCAUCAAAUUGGCGGAGGGAUUCCCAGCAACGAAAUUUUUACUGCUGAAACAUCCAAGCGACAACAUAGGCUCAUUUGCGAUGCAGGUCCUGAUGUUCCUCCAAGGGGUUAUUUUGAUUGUAUAGUCGAAGUGCUCUAUGGAUAUGCCAGCGAAGCAGCCAAUCAACCAUAUGAUCUUUACGUUACGGACUACACCAAGAAUGAGCAACUCACAUCAGUGCAAUACAAAUGGUGUCCCUCAAAAGCCCUGGCGGAAACCGUCUUAAAGAUCGAGAUGUGGGAUGGCGCGCGCGAACUUGGGAAGUCGAUGCAAGCCGGAGAAAUUUACGGCAUGAAGAACGUACGGAUGAUCACUAGCAAAGGGGGAUAUCUCGAGGCAAAAAUGCAGGAGGCAAAGAUCGCCCCACUCGACGAGAAAGCCGCCGAACACAAUGCACAUCUACGAGCGUUUUUAGAACGCAAGAAACGCUGGCAGAGCAGCAUUGAUACCGGAGAGCCCCAGCCCACGUAUGGUUUAAUACAAGAAGCAAAACCUGAUGAAUUCUUCAGUUGUAUCGUCGAGCUCAUUCACGCAACCUUCACGCAUGAAUCAUUCAUAUACGUUUCGGACUAUACUCGCCUUGAUAUUCUUCCCUGCCUGGACGGACCUUGGGCCGCCGGUCUAGAGCACUGCAUUAUCCGGAUCAAGUUGACCGAAGGGCAGAUUGAAAUGGCCAAAAGGUUUGAAGUUGGGACGAUCUUGUCGAUCAAGAAUUUGCGCUUGAGGAAGUCAUAUAGCGAAAAGAUCUUCCAGGGACUUUUGGGUGGUGACCAGCGUCUUAUUGUAAAGCUGAUCGAUGGAAAUCCUAUUCACAUGGAGAUGAAAACGCGGUUAUUGGAGCGAAAGAUGGAUAUUAGCAACAAGUCUACUAACGAUUCGGACACUAAGAAAGGCGAACCUACUCCUAAGCCCGUGUCGACAGCAGUUAUGACUGAAGUCCAGUCGAGUACUGGGGGUGCGACAAUGGAAGAAACGGGUGAACUAACCAACAAAUCUGAAGCUACGAGUUCAAUGGGCAAAGAAGCUUACCGGAAGCCACCAUGAGUUCGGCGGGGAGUUCGAAGGUUAUCAAAGAGCUACAAUUUCGGAGAUGCAGGCUUGUGCCAAGUGUCCCUAUAGAUUCCGCCUGAAGGCCAAAGCCCUCAGCUUUUCCCCAAAACUGCUCCAAGAUUGUGUCAUUACAAGAUGUACGAGGUGUAGCAAAGACCUUCCGCCAACGCGCAAGGGAUGCAUAGCAUGUGACAUCGACGAUCAGUCUUUAGAGUAUCAAUACCGUCUAUUCCUGCGACUAAGCGAGGGAGACGGAGGCGACGACCUCAUGGUC